CCGACCCAGAGGCCCAAUUAGAGACCCAGAUUUCACAAAAUUAAUGGAAUUGUGUACAUCGCUUCGUCCUCGGCUUUCAUCGGCCUUACUGCAUCGUCUUCUUCUUCCGCUUCUGAGGCUUCGGGUAUGUUGUUAAGCUCUCAGAUUCCAUCGUUGCUCUUCUCCCACCUAUUUUUCUCCCCUUUGGGUUUCUCUAUUUGAGAGGAAGUAUAAAUGAGAAGACACAGUAACUUUGUGGACACACCUGCCAGUGCAUAUGGAGCUGGACAGAUACAGGACGCCCAUUCUGAUUUCCAAGGUCAAUUAGAGGCAUUCACGCCUGAGAGGGACCAACCAUUUUCAGAUUCACAAGCAGAGGGUCAAUGGAGAUGGGAACGAGAUGGCCCAAAUAUGUCAAGACCAAUGGCAACUGCCGUUUACAAUGAAGGACAACAAGGUGUUGAUUCAUCAAGGACGUAUUACCGUGGCCAAAUGGAUUCAAAGCCAGGAAUGGAGAAGCAAGGCAGUGAUCCCAGAGCUCAAUCACAACACCAAGAAAACCCCAAGACUGGUUAUGAUAAUAACCGUGGGAUUCAGACCUUUGAAGGUCUUGAACAAAAGUUCAUGGAUGAUAUAACAAGACUAGCAAAAGAUCAAAUCGAAGCAGAGGAUGCAGAGAUUGCCAGACAUCGAGAGAAAAUAAAGACCAUUGGUACUCGGUACGAAGAACAGUUAGCUACACUUAGAGCACGGCACACAGGUAAGAGAGAAGAGAUCAUGAGGAAAGAAUCACAAGCCAGGCAGCAACAAUACAAGCAGCAAGCCAUGGGGAUGACUGAUCAGUACCAUCCAAACGCGGUUGGUCCAGCCAAUCUAAUGCCAUCUGGUCAUCCCCAAGGACCCCAAGGUUACAUUGGCAAUGCUCAAGAUCCAGCAGCUGUGGCGGAUGCACCAUCCAGAUCCUAUGGUUCAGAACGGUUUGAAGCAUACGGAGAGAGACCUAGGUUUCAAGGCGGAAACAGAGAUCACGGGUUCGAACCUAGGGGCCAGUACCCUGGUGGAAAUGUCUACGACACUGCCUCACGCUUCUACUGAUGUGAUAUUUUGAACAUAUUGUGUUUUAGAGGAUUCACACUCCCACUUUUUUGGCUUUUUAGAUCAAUUAAGCUUUUCAGACUAUCAAAAUGACAACAUAUUUAAACAGUUCAAAAAAUAAUUACUGUACCGAUGUACUUUUCCAAAUAAAAAAAAUGAGAUUAGAAUUCAAGACUA